AUGAUCGUGAUCAGUACCACAAUCGGCGUGGGCUUUUUCGCAAAUUCUGGAGAUACCUUGGCUCUUGCAGGUCCGGUUGCUACCAUACUUGCAUUUGCGGUAGUCGGGCUUGUGGCCUGGGGUGCUAUGGACGGCCUGAGCGAAAUGGUUGUCUUCUGGCCUGUGCCCAACCCUCUGGUACAAUUUGUGCAGACCUUUGUGGACAGAGAGCUUGGUACCGUGGUUCAUUUCGCUUAUUGGUACACAUACGCCAUUUCUACUGCAGCCGUAAUAACCACUGCUGGUGGGAUCGUGCAGUAUUGGUCCGAAGACGAUGGUUCAGAAUUAAAGGAGUCAAAGGUCUCAAAAGCUCUGAUCUACAUCACGUUCCCUAUCAUCAUUCUGUUGGUCAUUCAGCUCAUGAUUCAGGUGUUUGGAUAUGUCGAGCUGUUCGGAGGCGGCUUGAAAUUGCUCAUGGUGGCCGGCUUGAUGCUCAUGAUGUUUCUCAUCGACUGGGUGGCGAGACCGUACCCGGGAGGGCGCAAUCUCUCACACUGCAUCAAAGACGGGUUUGUUGACCAUAUGGGCACAGACAAACGUGUCGCUGCUGUUCUUGCAAUAAAUUUAGCCGUCUUUCCCUACGUCGGCGUAGAGACAUUCACCAUCACGGCGUUCGAGGCAAAGAAUCCAGCUGCAUUAAAACUCCCUUCGAAGAGGAUAGUACCGUUCGUUAUGCUUCUAUACACAUUGAGUGUACUUGGCUUCUCCCUCAAUGUUCCAUGGAACAAUGGACUGCUGCCUGUCUACUAUGGAACCUGGGGAGAUCCAAACACUGCCAACAAUAAUUUUACCUGUAACAGCCACCCCCUAGAUCAGAAGCGGGCAGCGGGUGACGGCCAUUUUCUCCCUACCAUCGCUGUCGAUUUAGCCAAAAUUGAUGGUCUGUCUGGUUUCAUCAACAGCUGCCUGUUGUACUCCGCCCUCAGCACCGCCAACUCGAGUCUCUAUAUGGCAUCCCGGAUACUCCAUAGUUUCACGGCUACUCAUGGAAAAACCAAGUUUUGGUCCUAUUUCAAUCGACUCAACGAUCAAGGAAGCCCGGUCUGGGCCGUCUGCGCCUCUUUGAUUUUCUGCUGGGUGCCUUUUCUGUCAUUCAAGGGCAACAGUGCAAAAAGAACACAGCAGGUGUUGAUGUCCAUUGGAUCUACCAGCUGUGUACUUGUCUGGGCCGCACAAUGCUUGGCAUAUAUCAGAUACCGGAAAUGGCUUGCAAAGCAUUCUAGGCAAAUCGCAAGUGAGGAAUGGAGCGGGUACAACGAGUACUAUCCGUUCCGGUCGAGGAAAUGGACCGAUUUUCCAUCGCACAUGCAACCAGUCCUUGCCUGGAUAUCAUGUGCAAUGUGUAUAAUUGUAGUCCUGGGGUUUCCCAUUGCUGGACUGUCUCACCCCGGUCACCUCCAUUGGCUUAUUGCUACCAACACGUACCUCGGUCCAGGACUAUGUCUUCUCCUCUUGCUCGGACUGAAGGCAUACAAGUGGCGCAGAGCAGAGAGAGGCUGGGUCCGAUUAGGAAGUUGGGAGGAACUUCGGGCUGUCAUUAAAAGACUUCGAAAUGAUAGCCUCUCGAACAUACGCAAAGACGACAAUGUCAACAUUGAUGGCUCGAUCUCGCCUCCCCCACUAGGACCUGAAGACCAUCCUUCUUCAUUCGCCCUGCAAUGUCUUGGGCAGAGAUAG